AUGAAACUAUACAGCCUCCCGUGUCGCACUCGUCGGCGAAAAUGCGAUGGGACACACCCACGUUGCCAGAAUUGUACCCUGCAAGGGCGUCGAUGCCAGUGGGGCCUCAAAGCCUCGUUCCAUCAAUCACGCAAUCUCACACUAUCACGCUCCGACGAAGCCGACCUUGCAAAAGCUCUGGAUCAUGAGAAAGGAUCGUUGCCCUCGCUAGGGCGUCAUUUGAAGGUUAUCGACGAGACGGAGGCAACCAUCCGAGAUUAUAGCUUCCUGCAGGAUACUUCCCCGCCACCAAGGAGCCCGGCAACCUCACAUGACCCGGGUCUGAGAGAGGUCGAAGGAGUCCGACCAUUGCAGUGCAGCACGGUCAGGGCUUUCGAAGAGCUGCAGGGAAGCUACACACUCGGUGGUAAUCAGCAUGGCACGGAAGAUGACAGUGUCAUGGAAAAUCUUGUGGCACGGCCAUCAAUUCAGGAUCUUGAUCCGACAGACAGCUAUCCGGCGACGCCGCCCUCGCUCGUGUCCAAUUCCAAGACCCCGAGCACAGGCAACGCGCACGGCCCGACCGCGAUCGGAGAGCCUAACGCUGGCACGCACGUUGCGCCUUUCUCACUCGGCAAGGCUUGUUCGGGGGACAUCUCCAUCCUGCCCCAACCACCGUCUCCUGUUUCCGAGUCAGAGAAACUUAGGCUCAUCAGCUUCUACUUGCGAGGAACAGGAACUUGGUGCGAGACCACCGACUCUGAUAGGCAUUUCACAGUGUUCAGUAUCCAUGAGAUGAUGAAGUCAUCGGCGUUCGUCGCAGCAGCAAUGUCUCUCGCCUCGCGGCACUUGGACCACCUUCAACGUAGACAUCGCUCCGUCACGCUGGAGCUAUACCAGCACACCAUUCGCCUGCUGCUCCGGCAAGACCCCGCCCGUGCUGAUUCUUCUAUUCUGGCAACAUGCACACUACUUUGUGUCUACGAGAUGAUGGCAUCGGGUGUCGAUGAGUGGCGACGCCAUCUGAAGGGGUGUGCCGGUCUGCUCCAGUUGAAGAAGUGGAAUGGGUGUAGCCCUGGUAUUGUGAAGUCUUGCUUCUGGGCAUUUGCGCGGAUAGACGUCUGGGCUGCUUUUGUCACCCGCAAAACGACCCUCAUCUCCGCCCACUUCUGGAUGAACGAUAUGUCCCUCGAGUCGCUGGCCGCCAAGGGCAAGGUGGAUGACUAUUGUAACAUGGCAAACCUAAUUUUUGCGAAGAUCAUCAACCUCCUGGUGAAUUCUGUUGUCCAUAGCAAAAUUGACUUGGGUGAGUCGGUGGCGGCGCUGUGGGAUGAAAUGCAGCGCUGGUACCGGCUUCGGCCGCCGGUUGUCCACCCGUUGUUGCGACAGGAGCCUUGCCCUGGCACCGUUUUCCCCACGGUCCUACAUGCUCGGACAUCGGCCAUUUGUGGGAACACGUAUUAUCAUGCGGGCUCGAUUCUGCUCCUGCAGACAGGUGCUGUGCCGGUUACUCCUGACACCCAAAACGCUCAGGUCGAUGCCAUUUGGCAUGCACGCGAACUGAUGGGCAUCUCAACUUGUAAUUCCUCUCAUGCAAACUGGGUCAACCAUCUGCAACCCCUAUACAUCGUGGGGACUGUCUUCGCGGGGUAUUGCACGACCUCUCCGCCCUCGAAGCACACCCAUUCGCACAACGUGGAGGGCUAUCGGUCGGCAGCUCAGCAGCCAGUAAGUCCAGAUCUUAUGAAUCUUGCAGGAAACGAAGCCCUUGUCGCUCAGGAAUCAACCGUGGUAGAGGAAUACGCCACCGAGAAGAUCUUGUUGCUGAAACAUCUCUCGCGGAUCGAAGCUGAAACCGGGUGGAAGACUUCUGAUCGUGCGGCUGAGCUGAGGGGACUCUGGGGUCUCGGGUAG